UAUUCUCAUUUAUCCCAACACACUCAACCUCCCUCUUCUUGCUUUCUUACCUUCCCCAUAUCUAACUCUUUUCAUACAUAUAUAUCCUCCAAUCUUCUCCUUCCAUCUCCCCUUCCAUCUCUUUUCCUCCUCUCUCCACAUCUAAUUUCUGUAGCUACAAGAGAGAGAGAGAGAGAGGGGAGGAUAAGAGAGAUGGCAGGCCGCAAUAGUGAAGAUAAUGCUUCUCAAGAGGUGUCUCUAGAGAAGAAGUAUGGAGGGCUUGUGCCUAAAAAGAAGCCUUUGAUCUCAAAGGACAACGAACGCGCUUAUUUUGAUUCUGCUGAUUGGGCUCUUGGCAAGCAAGGUACAAACCCGGGCCAGAUGACAAGAACUGCUGUGGAGUCCCUGAGGCCUAAGCUGCAGCGGACACCACAUCAUCAGCUUCCUCCUCGAAGGCCUGCGUGCACUACUGGAAGCGAGAAAUAGGGCUUAGUAGCUCAUCUAAAGUCUUAAGAAGACAGCAUAAAAAAAUCUUGUACAUAGAUGUAUCCAUUUGAGGCAUGUGCUUCUCUAUUAGUGAAGUCUUGUGCUGUAAUCAUUGAGGGUUUCUGCAAAUGAAACCUGAAGAGAUUAUCUGAUGUUUUGUUAUCAAACAAUUUGCUUGUUAGUUGAUCUUCAUUUUCUCAAUGCCCAUAUAAACUUUAUCUA